ACUACACAACCUCACGUCGUCACGUUUGUUUCUCAAAUAUCAGUCACUUGCCCCAAAUCGGAACCCUAAAACAACCACACACGAAUCUCUAAUGGCGGGAACGUCGGUGGUACCGGCGAACAGAGGGCGGAGGAACACGAUGGUGGACGACGAGAAGCUGGUGUUUGAAACAUCGAAAGGAGUGGAGCCAAUCAUGACCUUCGAUCAGAUGGGAAUUAAGGACGAUCUCCUCCGUGGAAUCUACCAACACGGCUUCGAGAAACCUUCCGCAAUUCAACAGAGAGCUGUACGCCCAAUUAUUGAAGGCCGUGACGUCAUUGCUCAGGCUCAGUCUGGUACCGGAAAAACCUCAAUGAUUGCCCUUACUGUUUGCCAGAUUGUUGACACCUCUUCCAGAGAGGUCCAAGCGUUGAUUUUGUCACCUACAAGAGAGCUUGCAGCUCAAACAGAGAAACAAAUACUGGCUAUUGGUGAUUUCAUCAGCAUACAAGCCCAUGCAUGCAUUGGUGGAAAAAGUGUCGGUGAGGACAUCAGAAAGUUAGAAAAUGGAGUUCAUGUCGUUUCUGGAACCCCUGGUAGAGUCUGUGACAUGAUCAAGAGAAGAACAUUGAGAACUAGAGCCAUUAAAUUGCUAAUUCUUGAUGAAUCUGAUGAAAUGUUGAGCCGAGGGUUUAAGGAUCAAAUUUAUGAUGUUUACCGAUACCUUCCACCAGAGCUUCAGGUUUGUUUGGUGUCUGCUACACUUCCUAAUGAAAUAUUGGAGAUGACUAGCAAAUUCAUGACCGAUCCUGUUAGAAUUCUUGUUAAGCGUGAUGAAUUGACUCUUGAGGGAAUAAAGCAGUUCUUUGUUGCUGUUGAAAGAGAAAAUUGGAAGUUUGAUACUCUCUGUGAUCUGUACGAUACUCUUACAAUUACCCAGGCUGUAAUCUUCUGUAACACAAAGCGAAAGGUGGAUUGGUUAACUGAGAAGAUGCGUGAGAACAACUUUACUGUAUCGGCAAUGCAUGGAGACAUGCCUCAAAAGGAGCGAGAUGCGAUAAUGGAAGAAUUUCGAUCUGGUGUUACUCGUGUCUUGAUUACCACAGAUGUGUGGGCCAGGGGAUUGGAUGUUCAACAGGUUUCUCUGGUGAUUAAUUAUGACCUCCCAAAUAACAGAGAGCUUUACAUUCACCGUAUUGGUCGAUCUGGUCGUUUUGGACGAAAGGGUGUUGCUAUAAAUUUCGUGAAAACGGACGAUAUCAAGAUUCUAAGAGACAUAGAGCAGUAUUACAGUACCCAGAUAGAUGAAAUGCCCAUGAAUGUGGCUGACUUGAUAUAAGUUUCGAGAACCGAAUGUGGAAGAGCUUUAAUUUUCCAAGUAUGAGUGGUUCUGUGAUGUUGCAGUAUUUUAACUUUUGAUUGUAGUUGUGGAGGAUAAUCUAAAAUUAAUUGUUGUCGUACUGUAGGCUACAAAUAUUUUGAAUUUAUUUUUGUGAAUAUAGAAAUAUUUCAUCCAGAUUGACAGGAAAUAUCCAUGUUUCAUUUUUCUGCAACAAUUAUAUAUUAUUGUUGCAUGUUUACUCUUU